AUGCUAGAGACCGAACAACCCGAGCUCGUUUCCGGCGCAGAAGUCACGGAAGGGCGAGGGAAAAGCGCGACGGGGCGACGAGCGCAAGACGGGGCUGGGGGAAGCGGGAGGCUUCCCCUCCCCUUCUUCGACGUGGAGAGCGUGGGGCUCAAGGGCAGGUGGGAGGAGAUGGGGGGCAACUUUCUCCUGCGUCCCCCAGACGACCAGGCGCCGAAGGCCCUGGUUCACUUCCUCGGCGGAGCCUUCGUGGGCGCGGCACCGCACUUGACGUACAACUACCUGCUAAGCGGGCUCGCGGAGAUGGGUUUCUUGGUGGUGGCCACGCCCUACCCGUUGGGUUUCGACUACUUGAACGUUUGCGACGGCAUCUUGGACCGCUUCGAGCAGGCGGCGGUGCCCCUGGCCGCCCAGUACGGCGCCCUCCCCGUGGUGGGGAUCGGCCACUCCUGCGGCGCGUUGCUGCAGCUGCUCAUCACCUGCCUCUUCCCCGACACUCCGAGGGCGGCCAACGCCCUCAUCUCGUUCAACAACAAGCCGGUGUCGGAGGCGGUGCCCGGCUUCGAGGAGCUCGUGCUGCCGCUCGUCAUGCAGGUGCUCAAGGAGGGAGGUGGGCAGUCGACGCUGUUCUCAACGCUUGAGAUGCUCCGGGAGACGGUCGACAACCUCGUAGACGGGCAAGUGCUGGGGGUAGUGGCCGAGUCGCGGUUUGCUCCGGCGGUGCUCGAGAACGAGGUGGUGCCCCUAGUGCGGCAAGUGCUGCAGAUCACCGACCAGCUUCCGGCCCUACUGCAGUCCAUCGCCGACGGGGCGCGGGAGUUCACGCCUACGCCGGAGGAGACUCGCGAUGUGGUGUCCAAGAUGUACCGCGCGAGGCGGACGAUCAUGAUACGGUUCGAGAAUGACUCUCUCGACGAGAGCGAGCGCAUGAAAGACGUCAUCCAGGAGGGGAAGACCCUGCUCCGAAUGCGGCGGCCGUUGGUAGACAUGGAGCUGCGGUACGAGGUCAUCAAGGGCAACCACAUCACCCCGCUAACGCAGAACGUCUUCCUCAAGACCCCCGUGGACUCCAUCGACCCCCUCUUCGGAGUGAGGCAGGGCAUGAAGAAGGAGUUCCUCAAGACGGUGAACCACCUGGGGCAGAUCCUCGUGGACUGGCUCGAGGAGUCGGCGCCGCCGUUGCCGCCCAGUAGCGGUGGUGGCGGCGGCGGUAGUGGAGGCAUUCCUGCGGGUGUAGGGGAGAUGCCUUCGACCGCAGCGAGUGGGCGGAUGUGACGUACAAGGCAAUGACGCACUACCGAUAGUUAUACAUGGGC